AGACAACAGGCAACUGUCCCUGAGCUGUAGCAUUGUCCCCAGGUUUCUGCAGCUGCCAUGGGGCAUUCAGGCCUGCUGGGAUUAGUAACUGGAUCAUAGCCUGAGAGCCAAGGCCCUAAAUAUAGGGCUGCCUGUGCCUGAUGCAGAAGACCUUGGCACCAGCUGCUCUGCCUUAUGUCACAGACAGGGAAACUGAGGCCCAGAAAGGGAGAUGGAUUUUUCCACUCUUGUUUGUUGGGAAGCCUUUCAUCACCCUGAUAGGCCCAGAUCAGAGGACACCCCCUUCCAGUUCAGUGUCUUUUCUCUGUACUGCUGCCCCUUUCAGGUCCAUGAAUCUCAGUGUCAACUGGUUGAGGAACGACAAUGAACAUCCAGCCUCAGCCACACAUGUGGUACAGGUCAACAAUGACUCUUACUCUGUCACAAGCAAAGCAUGGGUGACCCUGACCAAGCAAGAUAUCUUGUCUCAGAUCACCUGUGAAGUCACCCAUGGAGACCUCAAAGAGCCCCUAAGAAUGACCAUUAAUCUUUCUCAAGUUCUCCGAGUUAUCCCCACACUGAAGAUCACCACUGAAGACCCAGAGAUCCAAGAUCAUGCACAUCAAAAAGUGAACCUGACUUGUCAUGUAAACCACUUCUAUCCCCAAGACAUGGACCUCAUCUGGACUAAGAAUGGGCACAAGAUCCUGACCAUGGAACUUCCUCAGACCACCAGAAACUCUGAUGGGACUUACUCUCUACAGCACACAUUACAGGUAGAUGCCAUAUUGAAUAAGACUGACUUUGUCUGCUGGGUGAUCCAGGAUGACCAGCCUCCAGUUAAGAACAGCAUCACCCUGGGAGCUCCCAGGAAGAUCAGAGGAAGGACAGAGUAUUCUCACCACCUUGAAGGCCCCCUGCAGCGGUUUCCACCUGGAUCAAGCAUCCAAUUGAAGUACACAUCCUCUGCACUACAAACUCGUCAGGUUACUGUGACCUGGCUCAAAAACAACCACACCCGUCUCCAGUCCCAGACCAGCGUCUUCUCCAAUGGAGAGACCUACAAUGUGACUAGCACUGCGAUCGUCUCACUGGAGAGUGAUGACAUAUUAUCAUUAGUUCUCUGCCUGGUUGAGCACAAGUCAUUAGUAGUUUUCCAGAAAGUCAUCUACUUGGGCCAGUACCUCUGUGUUCCCCCGGCAGUGAGAGUGUCCCAAUCUUCAACUGACUCCAGUUUGGUGACUGUCACUUGCCAUGUGCAGAGAUUCUAUCCCCAGGAGGUAUAUCUCUCCUGGCUGGAAGACUGCCAUGUGAUCAGGAGAAUAGAGCAACCUACACCUAAGAGGAAUGAGGAUGGGUCCUACACUCUGGAAGUCCUGCAGUUGGUAAACACAUCAGUGGAGAGGUCUGAUCAAGUACUCACUUGCAAGGUAGAACAUGAGGAACAUCCUCCCAUCCAGGCCAGCAUUGUAUUGUCUGCAGCAUCCUUUCCCACAUCCAAAGCCAUCAGGAGCCUGAGUUCAGAGAAAUCUAUCCACGUUUUUGUGGCCUUCCUUCUGUGCCUCAAGUUACUUCUGGUGGUGUGUUUACUAGUCAUCUACAUGUAUAGGCGAUGGAGCCUGUGACAACAGCUCAAGUGGAGAGAAGAUGCAAGGGCCUGCAGUUGAUCCGAGACUCCUGCUCUUCACUCGCCCUCCUCCAUCCACCACAGAUGUGCUCCCCCUGCACACUGUCAGACACAGACUUGGAUUGUUUAGUGAUAUUUCAGACUCAAGAUACUGAAUUUCAAAUGAUCUCUUCUUACAACUAAAAGGCAAUUUAAUGAUGAGGAAAUGAAUGUUCACUCUGUCUCUGGUCAUGGUCAAUCCUUAAUUUUCCAGUUCUGACUAACAACUAGAAUUUCUGGAAGCACAAUUUAAUUUUAACAGACACAAAACUCAUAUUACU